CCUCGGUCUGCGCGAGCGGGCCGCUCAGUCUAAUUUGAACCGUCGCGCGCGCCCGACGCGGGGCCACCGACGACUCUCUCUCUCUCCCUACCUCCGGGCCUCUCGCGCGACACGCGUGACACGCGAGGCGCCUCGUGUGUGCAUGCCGCGUGCGACACGCGCGAAACGAACCCCCCCGUCGCCGGACACUACCUCGUCCGCGCGAUCCGCGCGAUUAUUCUUCAGAGGAAGAAGCGAUUACUCACGCGCGCGCGCGCGCGCGCGUGCGAGAGAGAGAGGGAGAUUGUAAAAAAAUAGGAAAGAUCUAGGGGAUUGAGAACGAGAGAGAAAGUUGGAAAACAGAACAGGGACGAAAGGGGUGCGAUAACACGCUGGUGACUUUCAUUAUUUUCGUCGUUGUCAUCGUCAUCGUUAUCGUCAUCGUCAGCUUUAUCGUCAUUUUCGUAUUCGUUGCCGUCGUCCUUCUUUGCGCGAUAUCGGCGAGGGUGGCCCGCUCCGAUAAGCGGAGCUGUGCGCGGUGCGACGCGCGCGUCGGAGUGGUUAGCUGCGGCCGAGAAAGAGUGCAGUGCGCGCGCGAGCGAGCGAGCGAACGGAUGGGCGGGUGGUCGCACAACUUGAGAGAGAGAGAAAGAAAGCUGCAGGCGUCUCGUGGAUAUAUUUAAAUAGUGUCUCGUCGGUUGGUCAGAGAGGAAGCCGAGAAGACGUUUUCUUCGUCGACGUCGUGCUGGUCGUCGUGCUCGUCUUCGUCGUCCUCAUCAUCGUCGUCGUCGCCGUCAUCUUUGCCGUCCUCAUAUUCCCGUUCUCGAUGUCGCGACGCCCGACUUGACAGUGUCCUCUCUCUCCCUUUCUUUCUCACUUGCGCAUUUCCCGCUUCGGAGUGCAACGCGACACCGAGUCUCGGACAGCGCGACUUGUGCUGACGGGACGACCGUUCACGGAAUCUCGUUCGAUUCGAUGUUGUUGAAGAUUCGAAGAGGAUCAACGCGUCUGACGGUCACGGGUGUUUCCUGCUGUGAGAUUGAUCGGUUCCGUUCACCCGCAAACGCGAGCAAGCACGUGGACUAGAGAACUGCUGUACUCGUCGUACGGCCGGCACGUAGAAGUUGAUCGGUUAUCAAGAAUCGGAAAUCCCCCUUGUACGAAAACGUAGGGGGACUCGUGGUGGGACAAUCGACGGAGGAAUCCCGGUUUCAAGAAGUCGGGUCGAGGAUGAUGAUCGUGCCACUCGCGAGUCAUAAUGAUAAGGAACUGUGAGGGGGGAUCGAUGCUGGUUGUCGCGUCCGCGAUCGUCGCAGUCGUCGGUCGGGGUCACCUGCGAUAAUACAAGACACCCCCGCCGAGGAGGAACACAGAGACAGGGGAGGGAGAGAGAAGCGGCCGCGUGGUGCGGCUCGCCACGGCUGUCUGCCUCCGCCGGCUGUGAGAAUGAGGAGAUUUGCGUCGCGUAGGAUGAAGACGAGUGUGGCAGAAGCACCGACGUCUCACUACCGGCGGUACAACACCUCGUGAGGAGCGCGACUGGACUCCGCGAACGGAAGAGGAAGCUGGCCAGAAGUCAUUGAUCCGACGGAGCGGGACGAGUCGCGAAUCGUCUCGACCGUACAAGUGACCAGUCGCGAGGAACAACGAGAGGAACUGGACUCGGUUAACUCGUGGGUCCCGCGAGUGGACUUGCGGCAGCGAAAGGGGCCCGUUCUCCCCGAGCUCUCGUGGGACGAGGACGACGAAGAGAAGGAGAAGGAGGAGGUGAAGGAAGAGAAGGGGGCGAAGAAGCGCGCGUGCCACUGUGCGAGUCGGGGUGACCGAGGUGUCGACCUCACCCCCCCGAUCACACCGCUAAUCAGGUCGGAUGAUGUGGGCGCCUCUGCUUUUGGCCGGGUUCUUAAGCGGCUGGUGGGGCGCACUCGCGCUCGCUGCGGCACCCCCCGCCAUUCGGGACACCCUCGGGAAGACGACGACGACGACGAGCGUCACCAUCAUCGAGGCGGAGCAGCAUCGUUCACCGUUGAUGAGCGUCCUGGACGGGGCCAUUGAUGGCGAGAUAUCAAAGUAUACGCGCGGGGAAAAUCGGUACCAUCACCCGGAGUACUCGUUCUCCGAGACUUCCAGUGCCGCACGUCGUGACCUUGACGAAAUCUUGCCACCCGACGAUCGUGCGAAUAACCAUGCGAAUGAUCGCGCGAGCUCAUCGAAUCCGGGGAUGGAACUUCCCGGACUGGUGGAGGAACGGAGUUUGCGAACGAGCAACGACGCGAACUCACAUCGGUGCACCUCCAUGAUCCACGAAGGAUCGUCGCCCGAUGCGGUUCCCGGCAACGGGGCGGCGGAGCGCGUCCGCAUCUUUCACCCCGAGAUGAACGAGUCCGGUCUGACCCGCGCGCCCCGUCACUCCUCGACGCAGGAGCCUUUCGCGUAUCCGCUACCGAUGGAAUCGUCGAUGGAGCGGCCGCGGAUCGCCCGAUCGGCGAAGCAACGACCAAAGAACCGCACCAGGGCGGAUUCGCCGCGCGAGCAGCGACGCCGAUGCAGGAACAAGGACAGGGGUUGCCGCGGGCAGAACUGGUGCCCGGACCUCGACGUGGGCAAUCGCGCGUACCUGGCGCCCACCGUGUUCGAGGGCAAGGCCCGCAGCAUGUCGUCGCGUAAGUCCGGCGUGAACUACGCGGUGACAUUCGAGGUGAAGCAGGUCUAUAAGAGCCAACCGGGCUUCCCGCCGCUGCAGAAGAACGACAGCGUGCGGCUGCACUUCCGCGACAAAUCGGCGCCCGGGAAGUCAACCGUGUGCGGCGGCCACGAGGCCGUCGCUGCCGGCAACAAGGGCAGCAAGCAGCAACAGCAAGAGCAGCGCGAUAAUCCGAGUGGUGUGGUGCGAGCCAAUAUUAAAAGGGGCAAAGUGUAUCUAGUGUUUGUGAAUCGCGUGGGACCCAGGAACUUCACGAUCCUCGGCGAGCCGGUGAUCCGAAGCAAGAAGAACGAACAGGCCGUCCAGGCUGUCGUUCGGCCGGAUUACGUGCGAGAAGUUAAGUUGUCCGAACUCAGGGACUCGAUAGCGAGGUUACGGGAGAGAGUGAAGCUAGUAUGCAGGACGCGGGGCUCGCCGCCCCCGAGAGUGCACUGGCUGAAGGACGGUGUACCACUGCACCCUCGAAGAGGCCUCAGGAUUCAGCACAAACGGCGGAGAUCGAAAGUCGUGAUAUCCUCCGCGAAGCCUGAGGACAGUGGCAGAUACGAAUGCGUGGCUGAGAGUACUUCCGGUCAUCGGGCCUCACUCGCGGCCCAACUUCUAGUCGCUCACGAUACCAGAAUUCCGGAAACAACGACAGCGGCGUGGCCGCGGCAGGAACAGCCCUGUCCAAUUGCAGGGGACUUUUGCAUGAACGGUGGUACCUGCCUAUUUUUCGAGACCGUCGGUGAACCAGCAUGCAGAUGCGCGGAGGGCUUCACGGGUCUGCGGUGCGAGACGAAGGACGUCAGCAGCACCGGAAGUGUGUAUAACCGGCGUAGGGCGCCCUUCUCCUGCAAGCUGGGACUCUCUACCUCGUACUACUGCUAGCGAUAAUCGCGCGGGGCCCUUUAACCUUAACAUGAGUAGACCCUUUUUCUACCCUUGCGGUGUACUUGGAGCCUACGCGACAGAGUCGUGAGAGGGCCAACGCGCGACCAAAGAAGGAGGAGGAGAAAUCGUGCGGAGAAAAUCACGCGAAUCAGGGGCGCGAACACGGGAGACACGAUGAUGACAGGGCGAGACGAUUAGCGAAACGACAUAGGGAAAGAAAAGGAGGGAUAUAGGUAGAAGAGUCAGAAGCGACGAAUUUCGGUUCCGCCGAUCUCGGGCAUUAGGACGGAUCCUGCGUACUUCGUACAGAAACAGGUUCCAAAACAGUUCGGACCGGACAUUCGUACCUUUAUUUCUGUUCUCUUUUUUUUCUUCAUUUCUUCACUUUUUAUCCUCCUUUUGCCAUUUGUUCGCCUUCUUUAUUUCUUACUACUUGCCGAUUUGUUCUUCCUCUCGUGUCUCUUCUACUGCCUCUCUCGUACCCUCCUGUCUUUGCUGCUUCACUUCUUCUUCUCUCUCCUUUCACCGCUCCUUCUUCUUUUUUUCGCUUCUUCUCCUUCGAGCGUUAUUACCGGUAGCUUCCUUCCAGAAAAUCGUCGAGAAUCACGAUGAUGCUCGCGGAAGGUUCCGCGACGUGAAGGAGGUAGAGAGAAAAACGGAAAUGGCGGCGGGGAGAAUAGGCGGAUGAUGCAAGAGAUCAUGAAUGUGCAAAUGAGCGUAUGCCAGCGCGCGAAAAGGGAAGGAAAGGUGAAAGGGAGGGACGUGUCGGUCUCUCGACUCAGUCAAUGCUCCCUUCGGCGCCAUGUCGUCGGGGGAGAAUUCUCGAGUGACUAUCGCCGACUAUUCGUACUUGGCGGUGCUUGACCUCCGAUGGGAAAACCGCCGUCGAUCGCACGACGGCGUGGAAACGCGUCGAAGAAGCGGCUCGUGUGUCCGCACGUACUUCUCCGGGGAUCUCCGCGAACGGGAGAAUAAUACCAAAGAGCCCAGGGUCUCGAUGAACGGGCGCGAGCAGCGGCCGACGAAAUCGUCGCCGCGACUGAGAGCGAUCGGAUAAGAAAAUCGGUACUUCGCUCCUCCUUUCGGCGAGUUCUUUUCCCUUUGAAGCCGCGCGACGAUUGGAUCAGCGAAUACUUUGAGUGAUCGGAUGAUCCACAAGUAUCGAGCUUCGGUGCUUAAUAAAACCGCGAUCAUGGGAUAACAAAUACACGAGAAAAAAUGGAGAGAAAAGUUAUUCUCUCGCGGUUUCGCGGAUCGUAGCUUUAAUCCGCGCGAUUCGAGUCAGCUCCGUUUCGCAAAAACAAUUCUGUUCUUCAGCGGAUCGCCAGUGAUUUAACGAGUUGCUUGAUGAAGCACGGACAGCGCGAGAGAAACGGAACGUUGAUAUUCGACCCGUCCGUAUCCUCGUGUCCUAAAAGUUGUUAAUUAUUUCUGAACGGACGAGAGAGAGAGAGGCACGUUUCCACGCGCCGAGAAAGUUUCUGCGGAUUAAACUUGCGGUCUACCAAGCCGACUAUCUUUUUCCUCGAUCCUUUUCUCGUUUUUUAAACGGGUUUAUCGUUCCUCGGCUCGGUUUUAUUGAAAUCGCGGGAGGGCUAAGAAACUUUAGCCAUCGCAUGUUCGUCGCUGUAGGGAGGUCACGAAAUCGGUUCAAAAAGGAUAAUGCAGCGAGAAAAUAUUUUAACCCGCGUGUGGCAUUUCUAUCUUUACACUUCGGAGAACAUAAAUCUUAAUUUAAAAGAUGUCCAAGAACAUCCUUAACAUCGAAAAUUAUUGAAAUAUAAUAAUCGAUUUUGGUAAUAAAAUCUUAAUUCAUGAAAUAAAAUUUCACAACUGUUAAUAUGAAAAGUCAUGAGAAACAUCUUUAAAAAUCUCAAGAAUUUUCGAUGCGAUAAUCGAUAUAUAUUUAUGAUGGAAGUAAUUAAAAGUGAAUAUGAUACCUUUAUCGUAACCGGAAAAACGAUUCUUUUUCAACAAAAACCGACAAAUUCCAACAAUAGCGACGACGUCGCGACUGCGAGUUUCCGAGAAUGUAAAUUAAAUAAAGGCAAAUUACAAAUCGUAUCUGUCAAUUGAGUGGACAGGGAAAUGGCGCGAAAAAAGGGAAAAGAAACCGAUCGAUGAGUGAGUCGCGGGAAAGAGACCACGGGGCAAACGCGAUUUAAUGUAAAAUACGAUAGCGUAACGCAUUAGGCUAGCAGAGGUAUAUAAAAUAGAUAAAAGGGAAAAGAGAAAGAUAGAGAGAGAAAAAGAGUGAGGACAAGGAAAACAGAGAGAAGGGAAAGAAAGUGAGAGGAAAAAAGUGAGAGCGAGUCCUCGUCUCGUCAAGGAAGAGAAAGACGAAGUCGAUCGUGAGGUUUUUGACCCAGAAAAAUAACCCGACCUCUGAAACCUUCUCUGCCCUUAUAACACAAAAAGGGCGAGGGAGCCAAAGCGUUCACGAAGCGUCCACCAAUAUGCGUUUUAAUUAAAGACUUGCGUGUGAAAAGAGCGUCAAUAAUAAUGGUGGUCGAAAAUCAUGGAAAAAAUCAGGGGGAGGAGAGCCGAAUCUUCGGGUAAAUUUUAUCCAGAGAGGCGACAAUGAUCUCAAAAUCCGUCAGAAACCUCGACGAGGACGACGACGUGCUCCGCACGCGAGUAGAAACGGGACGGGACGGUAUGGCGGAGGAGAGCGAGGGAUGCGCACUGUGCUCCAGCAGUCUCGGGACCCUAUUUAUGUUUUAUAUUAUAUAUUAUAUAUAUUAUAUAUAUAAAUAUGUGUAUAAACAUUUUUAAUUUAUUUAUUUAAUUCAUUAAUUUUAUUGAUUUACGAUUAAACGUCAUCUCCACCUCGGUAACCGCCUUUGUUCUUAAUCUUCCGUUGACCUUUCUGCACCAUCUGCACUCUUCUGUUCGUAUCGCUUUUCAGCUGUCUCGUGAUAUCCUGGAUUCGCAAGAAGAGCACACGAAAUCUUUCACCUGGGUUUCGCUCGAAAUACUGCUCUAGACACGAAUGGAAAGCCGAACGGGGUAUAAUUUUGGAAGUUGUACCCUCUGAAGAGAAACGAGACAUCGCGCGUUUCCUUCCGCAUAUAUCUCGAAAUUAAAUUAAAAAUGUCCUGCUAGCCAAGUUCCAUUUCUCCUUUUCAUCGCAAAUAUUUCCGACUCUGCAGUUCUCGUUAAAACGUAUAUAUGUAUGUAUACUAUAUGUCACACUCUGUCUUAAUAUAUUUUUGAUUAAGCUAUAACGGAAAAGGGAGAAUAGUUUCUGCAACAAAGACUAAGGGGCAAGAGAAAGGUCGGGACAUCUAAAAUUACGACGAUCUGGUUUCAAUAUGGCCGUUUGCCGUCUCUUCCUCUUUCUGUGCACGAGCUGUCGUCUAAAUAAAUAUUUUAUGCUCUGUCCCGUUGCAUUUGUGGCGAAAGCUUUCGUGUCGCUCUUCCACUAUUCUUCAAGCAGGUAGGUGCACGUUUUUUUUCGUUUGUUUUAUUUCGCCACGUUACGUUCUAAUUUACGUAUCAUCGUUUUAUAUACAUUAAUUUGCAUUAAUACAUUUUAUAGACAUUAAUCUCACUCUGCGAUUCUUUCAUCCGGACGUUGUCGCCGAAAUUUCGGACGUUGCACGAUAUGAGUCUUGCCAAUUUGCCGACUCGUUUCGCAACAUUUACGCGCUUAAAAGGCUCGUAUUAAUUAGGGUUUUCUCCUUGAUGUCUGAAAAUCACGUCACGGUUAGCGUAUUAGCGAGAGUCCGUUGCAGCUGUGUCGAAAUAUACCAAAACUCCUAUUCAAAGAUCAAAAUUAUACGAAUAUGGAAUACGAAAUUGGACGUUAACAGACACGUGUUCGCAUCAAAAGUCAGAAUUCCGGAAACAUUUAUUAUAUUACGAAAUGAAAAUAAAAGCUAAAUACUCUACACGAAUUUCCGCAUUUUCCGCACGAACGGAUACUUUUCGUCCCUUUCACUGUAAGAGAUUUGCUACGAGCGCCGAUCGCUCUCAUUAAAUUCGCUAGGGACGAGAUUUCCCGGAGCGAAAAACAUUUUUGGGCGAAAUAAGCGAGACGGAAUUUCAAAGGGAGACGAGAGAAAUUUUCAUACUUGAGGGACAACCCGUUGCUACUCUCGGCAUCUUAUUGCAUUCCGGCGAGUCGUUUUGGGACAAGUCACUCGUCUUCCCGCGGAGAAAUAGCUCUUCGAGUAUUUUCCUCCGGGAAAAACUGGGGAGCAACGCGUAAAUAACGCAAACGAAAGCGGAGUGACAUAAAUUUCGGAAUCGUCAAAGGAUAACCACCAGGAGGGCGAAAAUUGAUGGGACCGUGAAUACGGAGAGGAAAAACGGCGUGCAUUUAUCGCGUUUAGCUGGGUGAUGAGGUGAAACGGCAGCUCGAUUCGUAACGUAGAAAUAUGGAGAGUGAAAUUACAAUUGUAACGGAGGUAUUACCUGUCGAGAAGCACGGUACAUCAUAAAAGCAAAAUAAACACAAAGUCGGCGAAAUUAUCCUAACGCUUUGCCACAAAAGCGAGAAGCAAUUCAUGAGCUAUUACCGUAUCAUUACCGUACUCUUUGAUCGAUCGAGAUGAAAGAAAACGUGUUUUAAGCAGCGCCCGACUGCCUGCCUGCAGUCGUUUAUAAUUCACAGAUUGUUAAUGCACAUUUUCAAGAGGUGGAAGUCAAUUGCAAAUUUAUGCAAACGAAUUUAAUGAUAUACGUUCCGUGUAGAAUCUAGCAAUUUCCAUUUUCCUCAAAAGAAUGUAUGAAAUUAACUAAUUAGCGCACAAGCAGUCAGGAUAAAAAUGAAAGGACCUCGAUAUUGCACACAGUAUCGAUUCCGUUGGAUAACUGUUUCGUGCGACUCAAAAAGCGAUGCAGAUUGACGAAACAAAGGGAGAGAAACCGAGAAAAAGACAGCCGACGGGAACCGGCCGGCCGGGAAAUAACCAUGGAAUACACGAAUAUUCACUCUCGAUCCCGGCAUGUAUUUCGCGGGCUUGUUCCGUCGUAAAAAGCGUUCUCCGUGCAGUCCAUAAAGUUCGAACUGCCGCUACAGCGAUCCUCGUAAACGCUUCUCUUAAUCGAACUUCGCGGAGCCCCAGAAGCAACUUUCUUCGUGGAAAUCGAGAAGGCUAGGGCAAUCACAGAUGAAAACUUACGAGUUAAAGUGUAAACUGCAGAUUUAUGCGGUAAUUAAAUCACGGAACAUGUAGAAAUAUUAGUACCAUUAACAGAUUCACCGCUAUGACGGUCACCGGUGACCGUCGUGGUGUAAAUGAAAAUUCACGGUCAUCAGACCGACAUGCAAUAAAUGCAUUAAGAUACGUGAAUAUUAUUAUAACACGCAAGUACUUAUAUUUGCGACAUAAUGUGACUGUUUCAUGAUAAUAGAAAAAUAUGAAAUAGAUAAAGCGCACUUGUAAACAAUUUGAUAUCUUUAUUAAAAUUAUAGAAAUGAUUAUGUGGAUACGUUACGGUAAAUCUUGAUAAUCCAAUGAUGUGAACGAAAAAUCAGCUAAAUUACGCUUAUGAUGCGUUAAUGUCGAAGUAUUAAUUCAGUUAAUAUAAGAAUUUUCAUCCAACAAAAAUAACUACAAUGCAAAAGUAUGUAAUUGAAAUUACGUUAUAGCGCACAACAGACAAUUUUGCUAUUGUAGGAAUAUACAAGAAUCGGGAUCGUAAUCUUGGCAUCAUUAGUUUCCCUGCCCUCGUUGGCUCGAGGAUGAAAAAUUAAGGACGAUGACUCGACGACGCAGAUAGCGAUGCCAGUUGGACCAGGAAAAAUCUCAGGGAAAUUCAAAGAAAAGCCCUUUCACCGGGAAUUUGAUCGUACGCGUCAGUGUUAGUCUCACGCGGACGAAUCCGCUGUCCGCUUUCUUAUUCUCCGUUCUUCCUGCGCGUCCCGCCAACGUACUUUUAUUAUCCUGGCGUAUCCUCGGACAUCCUCGAGACGCCGGUGCCCCUUUUGUGCGCGCCGCCGAUUUAUGAAACACACAAUAACGUCCGCCACAGGAAGGAAUAAAACCGUAUGAAUAUCGCACGAUAUGAUGCGCGCCAUAUUAAAGUUGCCUGACACAGCGAGAAAAAUCAUUUUCCAUAUGAUCGCCAGCAUGGCGGAAGAUUGCGUCCCUGACCGCGACAAUGAGUUUUAUCAAACUAAUUUCCUAGAGAUACAUUGAUGGAUAUAUAGAUCAUUCGAUGCGCAAGCAGCUCACAGUGCGACAGACACAUUGCUUAUGAUCGGCAUGACGAAAGUAACUUUGAAUAAAAUAUUCAAGUGCGGAUGAUUAUUUAUCGGAGUUUGUGCAACUGAUAAUGCGAAGCGCGUUUCAGUGAACGCUUAAAACAUCAGUAACGAGCGAUUUCACAGGAAAGAUCUUACAGGACUGGAUGAUAAUUAAUAGCAGAUAAUGGAUGAAUAAUUUCCGAUAUUUAUCGAGAAAUGCAAUUAAUUGCCAACGGAUAAAAUGUGCAAAAUAAUGGGAGAAAAAAGGAAUAAUUAUAUAAUAUAAUUAAUGAUAAGCGCUUUUCUCUGUAAUUUCUAUGUAACUGACAUUCGAUUUUGCAUGUCUAAAAUUGUUUGAGAGCACUUUGACGAUAACCUGAUUGCUGCUUCAUUUCCGUUUGAUGAAUAUCCAAAAUGCGAGUAGUUAAAAAUUUGAUAAAGAUGAUAUAUUGCCUGACACAUAUAAAAAACUAAAAGUCGUCACGAAGAAAAAGCAUGGAGUAAAAAAUUAAUAUUAACAUUUAUAAUAUUAAUGUUCUUUUAGUUUUUAGAUUUUGACACAACCAUUUCAAAGUAAGGUAUCUUCCACUUUCUCUAGGAUCUUAUAAAAUAUACGUGUAUAAUAUUAAUAUUUAUUAAAUCCCAUCAACAACACUGCGCUCGAUUUACUCUUAUAAACAAAUUUUGAACUAACACAUUGCGUGUGAUUCAAUUAUAUGUUCUCAUAAGAGUGACCUGACAAGAAGUUGGAAUGAUUCACAAGUAACUUGAUCGUCCCACAAUUCCUUAGAAUUCUCAUGAUUCGUGCGACGGUCAUACCAUCCGACAUUACUAACGGUGCACGUGCACCUCCGGCCUUCACGCCCAGCCUCCGUCGAGAUCUUGACACGCGAACGUGCCUUUGCAGCCGGUGCGAGCGUACCCUUCGGAUAUGUCCGACUAAUUGACAGCGGACGUUGAAGGUGUUCCGCGGAGAACCGGACCCGACCUUUGACAGAUUAAUUCCUGAGGGAACCUACAUGUACGAGGCCCCAGAGAUGACACUCACGCGCUAUCGAAAGCUCGAGAUCUCCAAGAGGCCGGCGCCUAUCGAAUCAAACGUAUACUUGACACAAUGAUUUUCAUUCGCAUUGAUCGUCAUGCAGAAAUAUUUCAUGCGGUGUGUGCGCGCGCGUUGAUUGCUGACUGGAUUUUCGGAACUACGCGAUUCUGUCAAUAACGGAGCAAUUAUUAUUAACGGAUAAUACUCUCGCAUUGCGAAAUCCCGAAAUCCGACCUGAUUACACGUUUAAUUAACGCGCAACUAAAGCGCGUCAACGCAGAAAUACUCGCCGAUAAAACGUCGAUGCGCGGAGGUAUUACGUGAUUUGGGUUUGUUAGUUGUUUGCUUACUGCCGAUUUGAGGGGGAAGAGGAGGCCGGGGAGCAUAGAUUUAAUGCCAACGGUUAUAUAACGGAGCUAUUUAUCGGGACUGAAAAUAUUUCAUCCGUUUUGCAAGAACGGGAACUCUGGUGCCGAGCAGUCGGAUUUAACAACAAUAUUUAUGAUUCGCUCGCGGCGAUAAUAAGUGCGCAUAAACAUUUAGCGCGACGGGAUCAUCAUCGUCCGGCCGGUGAUUUUCGAUCAACCAGUGCACGCCAUCGCGAGCGGAAACAAUGCGCUCCGAUGGGAAUUCGAUCACCCCGGGAACGUCGAUUUCCGCGCGCGAAUAAUCCGACAGGCUUGUUCCGCCUUUUGUUCGUACAUGACAGCCACGAUAAUAAUAUUACCAUCCAGCAUCACGCGCAACGGGAUCUGCGAAAACGGCCGAGGGCAACGCUCGUGAUGUUCGAUUUAGAGUGUAACGAAACACGAUUACGUCGUCGUUCGAUUACAUAAUCGCCUGGCGUCUGUGAAAUCAAUUGCCCGCUUCACGAAAGAACCGCUUUGCUCGCUUGAAACGGGCCAACGGAAUCCUAGAUAGUUUCGAAUUUCUCUAAAUAAAUCAGAAUUUCUUGUGGAGUUAAUCAAGCUCAAGAAACGAUUUAUCAAUACGUCAUAGAUUUCCAGCGAUCGCGGAUAUUCCGAUCGAAUUAGAGCCGAUCUGACGCGUUUCGCGAUCGAUGUGUCCGGGCUCACCCUCUGCUCGUGCAACGCUCCCCGUUGAUGACGUCCCAUCAAUCCGCAAUCAGGAGAACCGAUGCAAACCGGACAGCCAACGACGACUUUGGGCUUGCCGGUCCCAAAGGGGACCGAUUGUUCGUCGGGUAUUGUUAAUUGUCACGAACGAAUAAUCCGAGGUGGAUGGAGGAGGAAGAGGAGAAGGUGUAAGAGGGGAAGAGGUGUCUCGCGUCGCGCGUGUCCGCAUUUGCACGUGCAUCAGGCCAGCUCAUAUGCAAACUGAAAUCACGGCCUCGCAACGGCUAGGCAGCCUGCAUAAAUACGCGCCGACUGUGGCUGCCUCCUCCCCCCGCGGGAGCUGGACUAAUCAAUUCCGCCGAAUCACAGAGAAUUUUCGAUUGCCGCUUCCCCGCGUCUGAUCAGCCCCGCGCCCUUUUGCUCUACCUUGCCAUCGUGUCCCUGCAGCGCGACGCGACACGACACGGGGAAAAGGGAGUUUUAUUGUCAGACUAAUUCGGCAAAAGAGAAUUGAUUGCCGGCCCUCGUUGGCUCGGUCGCAAACCCAGUGUUAGCUUCUCCGCCCCGCUGCAGCCCAGGUUCACUACCCGCACCCUUUGUCGAUAAUCGAAAUUUAACAGUAUCCGGUGGCCAGCGAAUCGGCCAUUAAGGGACGCGAGAAAAAAACGGGGUACACAUGUGGGAACACAUCGGGAAUCUACAGUCACGCGUUCACGUGAUUUCCGACAAACGGGGGAUGAACGAAGGCCGCGAGUUGUACCAGAGAAAAAUGUUAACGUCACGUGCGUAAUUAGAGAGUUGGUCGUGAAAAGCAUUAUCUCCUCAAAAUUGUUGAGAACUUAAUUCUCGAAAAAUGUUUUAUAUUUUUUUCAAGUAUGUAAUUAUUUUUUUACAAGUUUCUUCGAUCGGUCGUUUUCCGUUCUUUUUCUGAACUAUCAAUUAUACCUAGUAUCAAUUCACGAAUUUUGCGUGAAAAUGAGAAACGUCAGCACUUGAAAAAUUGCAAUAUAACACACACACAUACACGCGUGCACAGAGAGGCACCAAUGCGUAAAUAAUUCGCGCGAACUUGGCCAACUCACCAAGAGCUCCAACUUAUUCGCGCGCAUCGGCGUAAUUUAUUACUCAUUAUGCGGUACAAUUAGAUCGCGCUAAGCGACUGUUUAACAGAUGCACAGCGAGAAAGCGCAGACGUAGGAUGCACAGAGAAUUCAAUUUGAGCAAACCCAAAUGGUGCGUAUGUGUACUGUAGCGUAAUAAUAAUGCAGAUAUUAACGACGGAAAAUUACGAAAUGGGCGAGCACUGUGCUCAGUUACACCGUAUACGUUUUAAUUAUAACUAACUAAACAACGUAUCUGCAUUUACGACCUGACAUCACGGAAACGGACGUGGAUAUUCUCGCGCCUUCAUAAUCUGUUUCCCGAACACGAAUUAUAUCUAGCGCUGCCAGGCAAGUUAAAGGAAUGCCUCGAGAUGAGAAUUUCCUUCGAUCGCACGACUUUCGUUGGUAGAAUCGUGGCUCUCGCAUUCCGCGCGCGCGCUCGUAGGCAGAGAGAUCCCUAUUUUGAGAUUCCUUCCGACGCCUUCCAUCCUCAUCGCGCGAGUAAUCAACCCCGCGUUAACGAUACCACGGGAUUCCCUCGAAAGAUACCCUCGUCUUCAACGUCAAACGGAGAUCUCCAUUUGUGCAUUGUAUGAUUUAUUUAGCGAGCUAAGCGGCGGCACGCGACGUCAGACAUACUUUCAUACAGGGUGUAUUGAUUUAAAACCCGACAAAGUUUAGGCGAAAAAUAUGCUUUCAAAAUGCACAGAUCUAGUUUUUUUUUAACAAAUAGACUACAUAUUUUCUUUGAAUAAUAUUACUAAUAUUUUCAAGAAUAUAAAACGCGUAUCAUUUUUUAUUGCGAUUUAAAUGAAAUUUUAUUAAGCUGAAGCUUGCUUCAGAUGGAACAGAAAAUCAUACUUUGUUAUUUAUUCCGGCUUUUGAAAUCUGAUCCGCUAUUGUGACUUUCUUAAAGCAAUUCGUGAAUUAAUAUAUCAUUUAAAUUCUCUAAAAGGAAUACUGUACAAAAGGCAAAAUCUAAAACUUUGCCGAGCACAGAAAACAUUCUCUGCCGGGAACACCCUGUAUAUGCGUAUACGUGUUCCUCAUCGCGUGUAGACUUGAUUCUCGUCGUUUCACGAUCAUCCAUCCAUCUUUCUCCGGUCCACUGUGGAACGAGCGACGAAGGGUGAAAGACGAGGGAUGGCAGUUUCUCAUAGGAAAAUGGUGAAAGAAGGAAAUGCGUGCCUCGAAUUUCACGGGACCGAUCUUGUCGUCGAGGAUCUUCAUUAGCGCCUUAAUUAGCGCCGAAUACUGAAGCGAGCUUAAGCAAAAUCGGGUUUCAAAAUGCGUUUUAUGCUCAUCAAGCUCGACGUGUUAAUCACACGAAUUUUUUCUCUGAUGAAAAUUAUUUUGAUAAAAAAAUUGAUUUGAAACCGUAAUUUUAUAGAAAGAUAUAAAUAUAACGUCGCUUUUUUGGAAGACAACAAUUUCGCACGCGUGCAGAUGCAUCUUGCGUACGUUCCGGUAGCUUGUACUCUCGCGAGAUUCGUUAGUUGCACUGCUGCAUUUUUUACACACGAAUACUCCCGGGAACAUGCGUAAUUCUUUGCAAUUUGAAGAAAAAAAAGCAAAAUUAAUGUCUCGGCUUCGAAACUUCGCGCAGAAUGCUCGCGCGUGCUGCGAUAUAUGUAUAUUUAAUAAUCGCGUCACUACAUAUGCUAAUCCAGACGAUGAUCGGAUUAAAACAUUGCGCGCGAGCCUCGUUUCGCCGCAUUUACAUGUUUCUCCUCGUUAAAAAAAUAUAAUAAAAAACAGAGGUAAAAGAACACGUAGAUACACGGCGCUGACCACUCGUAUUAACGAGAGGGCGGUUGUUAUUCAUACAUACGUACAUGCCAGUAUUUCAUAAAUUUAAGGUCACCACCACUGACGCGUAAUCGCAUGAAAAAUUCAGAAAUGUCGCGCUGAAAUUAUCAUUGGAAUUACGAGCGACUCGUAAUCUAAUUAAUUACAAUAUUAAUUACGAUCUUUCACUCACUCGUCGCUCUGAUCGGACCGCGGCUACCGUUUACUCGUCGCUCACGAGCACACGAGUCGGACGUUUUAAAUCGAUGAAAGCCUCUACAGCGAAAACAACGUGACAAAGGCCAUUCAACGUAUUUCGCAAUAUAUCCGGUGCAGAUAAUAACUCGUCUAAUGAAAGCGUUUUACGCCACACGCGAGAACGCACGAGGCUGUCCAUAGAGAGAUUGUAUCGCGCGCUCGAGUUUCUGUCUGUAAUUCCGCUUGCAUGCGAACAUUUAGACACAUGAUUAAAAAUUAAAAAGUGGGACUAAUUAUACCCGCACCAAGGGAGAUACGUCUAUUGAUUUUAGCGCAUUAGAAUACCGUCGCGUUGUCCGAUUUGUCUCAAUGAUUUCGAUUACCGUAUUUGUCAUUGUUAUUAGUUUAGCAAUGUAAUAAUGUUGUAAACAACUUAAUAAUGUCAGACGAAGUAUAAUAAUGUCAGAACAAACGCGAAAAUGUCAACGCAAGAUAUCUCUCGCAACGUGACGCAAGCAAA